AUGCUGGAUGGGGCGUUGGAGGAAUUGAAGCAGAGGCAGCAAUGCUUGGCCAGGUAUAGUAAGAAAAUUGUCAAUGGAAUCUGCGAAGAGAAAGAAGGGAAGGAACUGGUUGCUGCUGCCGAUGCCGAAGCGGAUGCCGCUUCUGCUGCUGCUGUUCGCUGCGAACAUGUUCUUCAGAUAUCUGUUCCAUUGUUCAAGGAGAAAAUAGCAAAUGCAAUUGGUGUCCCAGUUGAGCAGCAACGACUAAUUUUUAGGGGAAAGGUCUUAAUGUAUGAUCACCUCCUCUCUGAGUACCACCUGGAAAAUGGGCACACACUGCAUUUAGUAGCAAGACAGCCUGCCCAGUCACAGCCUUCCCCUGGAACAGGCUCUGGAAAAACCAAUGGGAAUAGUGACAUUCAUGUAAAUGAUGCCAAUGCUGGUGCUCCACGUAACCGGGUUGGACAAGUCUCACAUAGUGUAGUUCUCGGAACCUUCAAUCUUGGGGCCCAAGGUGAUGGGGUUGUUCCUGACCUUACUUGGAUUGUUGGGGCAGUGCUGAGCUCUAUUGGACUUGGGAACCAGACUCUCACUGCUGGUACUAACAAUGUGCUGCCCAAUAUACCAUCCGAUGCUUCUGGUCAGGCCUCCCAAGGUGUUGAAACAGACGAAACAAAUACUAUAGGUGCCAGGAGCCAGACAAGAAAUCAAGUCCCUCCUAUGCAGACAUCUUUGAAUCACUCAUUCCCAUCUCUACCUCAAUCUUUGCAAUUCCCUAUGACAGGGGGCCCCUUACCUCUUCCUUCACUUCGUAUGCCAAUUCCUGAUUCUUUGAUCACUCUUUGUGAGUUUAUGAACCGCAUGGAGCAGGCAUUAUCACUCAAUGGAUAUCAAUCAAAUCUUUCACCUUCCUAUGUUGGAGAUCCAUUGAGAGUGGAGGUACCAUCUGAUACGAGGGGAUUGCCAACUCCCGAAGCAUUAGCUAUUGUUGUUCGACAAGCACAACUUCUCAGUGGUCAUGCUACGUCUGCACUUGCU